CCAAGCAGCGCUCUGCAGUAAGAGCACAGCAGAAAUGCAGACCGAAGGGGGCCAACGGUGGGCAAGAAGGGCUCUGCUCCUCGGCAUCCUCUGGGCUACCGCACGCUUGCCUCCCCCAGGCGCCUCCCUGCCCCAGCGUCUCCCAAGGGCCACAGGAAAUAGCACCCAAUGUGUUUCGUCUCCAUCACUGGAAUUUCCUGAAGGGUUUUUCACGAAACAGGAGCGCUGGGAUGGAGGCAUUGUCCUCUACUUCCUAAUUAUCCUUUACAUGUUCAUGGCCGUGUCUAUUGUUUGUGACGAGUACUUCCUACCCUCCCUGGAGAUCAUCAGUGAAUAUCCACCAGAAAACAGGAAGCUACCGAGUGGGGCCACCCCUCAGGACUCCGCAUGUGGAGGCAUUCAAAACGAGACACAGCCUCCAAAUCACCCUCACAAUCCAUCCCCUCAGGAAAGGUUCCUCGGGAAGCUGCUGAUACCAAUCCACAAAAUGAAACAGUUCUUUCACACUAUACCCUCUGAUUUCAAUGGUUUCUUGGUUUUGCUGUUCCUCCCUAUUGACGACCUUCUUG